GUUUCCAGCGCGGUUUCCUGCUUUCGUCUCUUGCAUCAAGUAAUGUCGGCACGCAAUUCCAUUCUUCGAUGACAGUGUCUUUUACCUUCAUCUUUAAAAUGCGCCGCAAGUCGUCUCAGUAGCGGAUGAUUGUUUGAGUCUGGUGUCGAAGGAAAGUGAAGUGAAAAGCUCAUACAGUGGAAAAAAGAUAUUUUCUUGCAUUCAAUGAUUUGAUCACUUUGCGAAAAGUGGCUUCUCCAGUUUUCCAAGAAAAAGAUUCCUUUCGUCAAAAUGAUCAUCUCCUGUAGGGUGUGCCCAGCACUAAUUGCAUUUUGUUUCGCGUUGCUGGUGGUGGACAUUUUAGCAGAGUUCAUCGCGGUGCGCACUCCCUGGAAAUAUGACGAUUUAAUCCAGGUCACUUGCAUGUCCGAAGAUGACGAGAGUAUUUUGUUUUGGAACUGUUUCAAUUCUUCUUCUCUUUUUUCCCCCUGUGAUUGGCAUUUCAACGGCGACGUUACAUUCCUGCCGAUGCGAAAGAAUUGCAAGGAAGGGUCCGACGACAUCGUCCCCGGUGAGACCCGCUGUCUUUACGUAUGGAAUGCAGCAUCGCAGUGGAAACUUACAAAUUCUAUAGAUGAUCCAAUGGACCUGACAUUCGACAACGGUUGGACAGGUAACCCGUAUCUACCGAUAAAGCUGCCAGUCCAGGAGUCAAAUGGCUUAGUAUUUUCUUGGCGUGGAAAUGGUAAUAUCACCUUGGUGUUUGAAAAAACCAAUCUGAAGUCUUCAAAAGGAGAAAAGAAAGGAAUCGGUAAUACAAAGCCGAAUAAAUCUGAUGAAGUGAUCUGCCCAAAUUCAACGAAAUAUACCAGAGAAAUUCGACCCGGCCCUUACCCACUCAUGUGGCAAUCAUGCAUUCUUAAGUGGGACAAGAAACACGAGGUGAUCGAGUACUAUUUGAUGACUACGAAUGGCUCUACCACAGAAAAAUUUAAUUCUACAGUAAAUUUCGAUACUAUAGAAAUUCUACCAUAUGACGGAGAUUUCCUGCUUCACAAAUACACUUAUUUUCUAACAACCGAGAAUAAAGCAUCGAUUACAAGAAAAUUCUAUAACUCUUAUGAUAAUCUUUGCUUGUAUUUUUUGGUGAGCCUUUGCUCUAAUUGUUCAUUUGGAAUCAAAUUCUCCGAUAAAAACAAUAAUUCGAAGUACGAAGAAAUCGGACCUUUUAAGGAUAGCGAAGCACUGUCCUGGCGAUGGGAAAUACUUAACGUGUCUUCGGGUUUACUCUCAAAAAGUUCAAUUCACGUCGAAAUGACAACCAGAAUGAACGGGACGGGCCAAGGCCGAUGGGCGGCUCGUUAUUUCAAAACCUGUCAGUCAAGAGCCACUGUAAGAAAAUCUUCAAUAUUGCUUAAUCAAGGAAGGCAUCUUGCGUGCGAAAAAUUAUCGCACAGCGAACACAUAUACAUCAAUACGCAGGAAAAAUCAAUUAAAAAUAUUACUUUAGGCAGCUUAGCACAGUGUCUCCGAGGGGAUGGGCCAUUCUGCACAUUCAACCGCACUAACUCAUGCGAUGGGACAAGUAUCUGUAAUCCAAGUGGCUGCACCUGUCCUCCAGGAUGCAAAGGUGCCAACUGUACUGAAGAAUGCACGGAAGGACAUUAUGGAUACAAUUGCCAGAAUAUUUGUGAUCAAUGCGACCCAAGAAAUUGCAGUAAAAUAAACGGGCUAUGCUUCUCUGGGUGUAAACAACACUACGUGGGACGAUACUGCGAGACACAACUGCAACGUCCGUAUAUCGAAAAUUCAACUAAUCCAACUGCGGUGAUAUUGAAUUUUUCCACGAUCCUCGAUGAUGUAGACGAUCGUAACAUUUCUGUCGAAAUGAAGAACGAAAACGAAGGGUGGACGCCGAUUCAUAUGGAUCCAAAUUUCUCUGGUAAAAUAAAACUGUGUAUCAAAGAUCUGAAACCGGAAAUGCGGUACGAGGUCCAGGUCGCACUGGACAAGUCAAAGAGUCCCGCACUCAGCUUCACCAUACCGUACAAUUCACGUAAGGUGAAAGGUACGCCGCCGUGCGAUAUGAAUUUUACCAAGAAUUUGCCGAUUGGCCGUGAAGAAAAUUCCAUCAAACUGACGUUCCCUUCAACAAAAAAUGACGAGAAGAACUAUUUAGUCUUGUUGAGAAAUUAUUCAACCGAGGUCAGCUCAAAAUUGCCUACGUUGGAGGACGUGACCGAAGCAAGUUCGGAGUGCGGGAAAGAUGCUUGCAUGUACGAUUUUCAACAAAACAAGAACUCGAAUUCCAUCACCAUAGGCCUCAAUCACGCCUGUCCAGUGCAUCCUGAUGCUAUUUAUCUGGUUCGGGUAUUUUUUCGGGACUCGUUCAGCGAUACGGUCUACGCGUGUGGGAACCGCAAGGUUAAGGAAUUCGGAUCGGCAUCAGUGUCGUCGAUCAUUAAAUUUGCAAUUGUGGGGAUUAUCAUUGUGGUGAUUAUCAUUGCGGUGAUGCUCUACGUUUUCUACAAAAAAUUUCAUUGCAUCUUACUGAGUAACGAAACGUCAGUCAGCAUGGCUCAAUUUGUUAGUGAAACAUUUUCGAUCACCAACAAAUCUGACGUGUCAAUCUUCAGCGAUACUGCAUACUCGGAGAGACUCAAAAAGUUUGAAAAUGACGUAAGAAGAGCCGCAGAGGACGGAAAACUUCAGCAGCAAUACAACCUUCUACCAAAAGGUCUGAGACAUUCGUGCGAGUAUGGGAGGUUGCCGCAGAAUAAGGAAAAGAAUAGAUACAGAAAAUUGAUAGCGUAUGACAAGACUCGAGUCAUGUUGUCCAGAGAUUGCGACGACAGUAACUCCGACUACAUCAACGCCAACUACGUUCCGGGAUACACAAAGCAAAAGGCAUACAUUGCAACGCAGGGGCCGACAACGGAAACGGUGAAUGACUUUUGGAGAAUGAUUUGGCAGGAAGAGGUUCGCGUCAUAUGCAUGCUGGUGGGCGUGAUGGAGAAUGGAAAGAAAAUGUGCGAGCAGUAUUGGCCAGAGGUCGGGGGUGAGAUGGAGUACGAUGAAAUUGUCGUCUCGAAUCUAACCCAAGAUGUGUUCGCCGAUUACACCUACAGGACCCUCAACGUUACGAAGCAUUGCGAAACGGAAAUGCGUAAGAUUGAACAUCUCCAGUACACGACCUGGCCGGAACACGGAGUUCCCACUUAUUCGCAUUCCGUAAUCGAGUAUCUGAACAAGGUCUUAUCAAUCCCCCCAGGACAGGGACCGAUAGUUGUACAUUGCAGCUCCGGCACAGGGCGAACCGGAACUAUUAUUCUGUGCGACAUCAGUCUCCGGCACCUAGCCGCUGAAGGGACGGUGGACGUCUUUGCUCAAGCCAAAAUUAUGUACGACGCUCGUGCCGACAUGUUGGAGAGCUUUUCGCAGUACGUGAUGGCGCACUUGGUUCCUACUCAGUGCCUGAUUCUACUACCGUCAGCCGUUUUGUGCCGUGACAUUACCCCGGAAAAAAUUAACGAAAUGAAAAAGGAUUUACCAGUUUUUAUGAAACGACUCGAGGAAUGCGCCUGGAUGGAUAAAGCUAUGCGACCAUUGGAACCGCUGAGACCUCCACUUCCUGAGAACAUAAAAAAAAAUAGAUUUCCUAGAUUCACGCCAGUUGGUCCUUCGUUGGUGACGCUGCAGAAGUGUCCAUCAAAUGACAACACCAGCGAUUACAUCAGUGCAGUUAGCAUCGACGGAGUCAGGACGAAAAAACAAUACAUAGCUUCCCAGUUGCCACUACCGACAACGCGUAGUGACUUGUGGAGGUUGAUUGUCGAGAAUAACAUCGAACUUAUCGUAAUACUGCAACGUCCCAAUUUGGAAGACGAAUCAUGCUGUAACGUCAUACCCGAAAAAACAAGUGCGAUCAUCCCAUUACCUUACGUCAAGGUAGAAAAUAAAUCGAACUUGGAAACCGAUGGCUGUUUUACGGUGAACCAUCUACUGUUGACCGACAAUUCGGAGGAACCAGCAACAAAAAAAAAAAUUACCGUCUUGACCUGCAACGAUUGGAGCACUGAAGCAGGUGCUAGUCCACCUCCACCCAAGGCGUUGGUAGACCUUUGGGAAGCUUCGGAAAACAUUGUGCGCCCAGAAGGACCCACGCUCGUUCUUUGCUACGAUGGCCUCACGGGAUGUGGCCUGUACCUGGCACUGAGUUUUAUGCUCGAAAGGAUGAAAGUUGAACAGGAUUGCGACGUCAUUUUGGCUGUUCACGCAGUGCGGCGAUCAAGACAAGAGUUCGUAGUGGCGCAGUGGCAGUUCGAGUAUCUCUACGACGCGGCUCUGGAAUUUAACGCCAGCUUCAAGAUUUACGAUAAUUUAUCAUAACUAGAUGGACGCGAAGCUCUCGGACUAGUGCAAUACUGUCUAAACGGAAAAUAUGACUCAUCGAGGGAUUAUACGUCUCAUCUUAACCACUGAUAUUUUGUCAUGUGUGAUUUUUUAACUUUAGGGUAGUAAAUAACAAUACGAGUCGGCGAUAAAAAAAAUUUAUGAAUAUUUUCACAUGAUACAUAUAGUUUUAGGCUAGUUUAGAGUAUAAGCUCCGUUUUUACGUAUUACGUUGAAAAAAAUUUGAUUUAUAUAUUCGUAUACAUAUAGAUAUUUGUUUUUCGAAUAAUUGUUGUAAAAUAAUUAAAUAUUUUCGUCAGUUUUGACGGAGUAAUAUCAUAAAUUCACGUCACUCUGUAAGCAUAUUUUUUACUUUGAUAACCCCACUGUACAUACGCAUAGUAUCAGUAGUAGAGUAGUCAUCAUUUUUUUUUACCCAAUUAAAUAGUUAAAACUUUAUACAUAUAUAGAUAGUUUUAUAUCAUUUAGCCUGUAGUUUACAACUAAAAUCCAUUCAACAAUUGUGUCAUCUGAAUAUGCUGAAUGUGACAUAGUGUAUAUCACAUGAAUGUCGUAUUUUAUUAUAUUGAAGACUACUAUCACGAACAGUAACAAUAAAGUGUGUCUACUUUUAGAAAAGAAAAAUUCACAAACCUGUUAAACGAAUGAAUAUGUACGUAUUAUUACGACGUAACACAAUAAGAAUUUUGUUCCCUUGAAUAAAA